AUGCUGGUCCUGGGCAGCCCUCGCACAGGGGCUGCUCUUUGCCUGCUCCCUCCGCAGCGCCUGGGCAGCCACAUCUCCCCUUUCCAAGGAAGGUGGAUGAGGGUCCCGGCGACUUACGGGACCACCUGGACAGAGGCACCGGCUCCCACAGGCUGCGCGGAUGUGUUGGGGGCUCACGGGCCGUAUCGGGGGACAGCAGGACACGGCUCGGCCCCGGGGCCCUGCGAGCACGAGGGCCACGGGACCCCCUUUCACUGCGGCCGCAUCGUCCUCCCUAGGGAGCAGACCCGGUUAAAGGCCGACGUGAUCGAGGCGGACACCGAGGAGUGGCAGAAAGAGCCGGGCUUUGCUGGACUGCAGAGGGUGGGAGGCGUGGACUUGUCCUACGUCAAAGGGGAUGACACCAGCGCCUGCGCGUCCCUGGUGGUCCUCAGCUACCCUGACCUGAAGGUGCUGUACGAGGAUUGCUGGAUGGUUGCUGUGACAGCCCCGUACAUAGCAGGAUUCUUAGCCUUCCGAGAGGUCCGUUUCCUGGUGGAAGCAAUUCAGAGACUUCAGCAGAGAAAGCCCGGGCUCAGACCGCAGGUGCUGCUUGUAGAUGGGAAUGGCCUGCUCCAUCCUAGAGGAUUUGGUGUGGCCUGUCACUUGGGGGUCCUGACAGAUCUACCGUGCAUUGGAGUGGCCAAGAACCUCCUGGAAGUGGACGGCUUGGCCAGGGAUGAGCUGCACAAAGAGCAGAUUCUUUCCCUGAAGACGGAAGGAGAUGCAUUCCCCUUGACUGGCACUUCAGGGAAUGUCCUGGGCAUGGUCCUGCGUAGCUGCCGCAUCAGCACUAAGCCCGUUUAUGUCUCUGUGGGCCAUAGGGUGUCCCUGGAGACAGCCGUGCGUCUCGUCAAGGCCUGCUGCAAGUACCGGAUCCCGGAGCCCAUCCGACAGGCUGAUAUUAGAUCGAGGAGGUAUAUUCAGAAGCAUCUGCAUUCAUCGCCAGAGGUCACACCUUCUGCGCCAAAGAGGUAGGUGUGUGGGCAGCCCAAGCAAUUGCCUGUCCACAGAGGAUCUGCUCAUGUAAUGAUCUCCAGUAAUGGCAUUAAAGGGACGGCCAGGGUAACAAGGUGAGCUCAAGUGACAUCAGGGCACAUGCUGCCUCCCUAAGGGGUGAUUUCUGGUGAUGGUAGCCAUGCCGCUCCACGC